CUCGCCGUGGAAUCCAUCGUCUCCUGCUCCGCUCCGACUCGCCGACGAUGUCCUCCGCCGCCGGAGCCGGAGAGCCCCCGUCUUCAUCCCGACACGGGAAGGAGAGAGAGGACGGUGCCGGCGACAACAACCGCAAGGAGGAGAAGGAGGUCGAUGUGCCGGAGGGAGACGUGGAUCUGGACCUCUAUGGCGCCGCCGCGGGGUGGGUUGAGGCGCGGACCAGCUGCCCCCACCUCCCAGCCAUGCCCGCCGCCAGCGCCGACGAACUCGCGCGCGUGCCCGCGCCUGACUCUCAGUGCUCUAGAUGUCAUCAUCCUUCUGAAAACUGGUUUUGCUUGAUUUGCAAAGAUGUGCUGUGCAGUCGUUUUAUCAACAAACAUAUGCUGCACCAUUUUCAAGAAACAGGCCAUUGUCUUGCCCUGAGCUUCAGUGAUCUGUCAGUUUGGUGUUUUUCCUGCGACUCCUACCUGGAUGCUCAAUCCAUUUUAGAACUGCGCCCAGUUUAUGAAGUUGCACAUCUGUUGAAAUUUGGAGAAAGGCCCCCUUUCCGAUCACUGGAAGUGCUUGAUUUGAGCAGUGGACAAAAUGGAGGUUCUUCUUUAAGUUCCUAAAGUACUAUGUUCUGUCGGGGAAUUUUCUUGUCAUGAUGACAGUAGUCUAUUGUUUAAGCUGGAACUUGUUAAGCUUCAGCACAAAUGUAAGUCAGCUAAGUGGUCCUAUGAUUUUCCUCGUUACUUUGCUUAGCAAGUGACUACUUCUUAGGUGUGAAGCAAAACGACAAGUGUAAAAGUUUGUUCACCUUUGGAGAUGAUAAAGGAGUUAAAAUUGCCUUGA